AUGGAGAGCCUGCUGGAGAACCCGGUGCGCGCCGUGCUCUACCUCAAGGAGCUCACGGCCAUCGUGCAGAACCAGCAAAGCCUCAUCCAUACCCAGCGCCAGCGUAUCGAUGAGCUGGAGCGGCGUCUAGACGAGCUGAGCGCGGAGAACCGCAGCCUGUGGGAACACCAGCAGCUGCUGCAAGCCCAGCCUCCGCCUGGGCUGGUUCCCCCGCCGUCUGCCCCACUGCCUGCUCCUGCAGCCACUGCUUCUCCGGCCGGCGCUGCGGCCCAGGAACCGCUUCAGGACCACGGACAGCUCAUACCCGCCACGCCAGAGCCGCCGCUUCAGCACCACGGACAGCUCCUGGCGCAGCCCCAGCCGGCCCCCAGCAGCAGGGUUCAGACUCCCCAGUCGCCCCACCAGCACUCGGUGGCACCCGGGGCCGUAGCUGACAAGGAGAAGGAGCGUCCCUCGAGUUGUUGUGCUGCCGCGGGAGCCCUGCUUCAGCACGCAUCCCCCGCCGCCCUCGGCAAGGGCGUCCUGAGCAGGAGACCCGAGAAUGAGACCGUGCUGCACCAAUUCUGCUGCCCCGCCGCUGACACCGAGCAGAAGCCUGCCUGCUCUGACCUGGCUUCCCAAAGUGAUGGCUCCUGUGCCCAGGCCGGUGGGGGCAUGGAGGACUCCGUGGUGGCAGCGGUGGCAGCCGGCAGACCCAGUGCCCAUGCCCCGAAGGCUCAAGCCCCGGAGCUACAGCAGGAGGAGGAGCGGCCAGGGGCAGUGGGCUCCCCACGGGCUGGCCCCCUCCGCGCGGCCUCCCCUGGCCAGCAGCAGCCUGCCCUGGCGACGGCGCCCUGCUCCCACACUCCUGCUGCCUCCGAGUACGAACUCUCCCUUGACCUAAAGAAUAAACAGAUUGAAAUGCUAGAACACAAAUACGGGGGCCACCUCGUAUCCCGACGCGCCGCGUGCACCAUCCAAACCGCUUUUCGCCAGUACCAGCUCAGCAAGAACUUUGAGAAGAUCCGCAACUCACUCCUGGAGAGCCGUCUGCCCCGGCGGAUCUCACUGCGCAAGGUGAGGGCGCCCACAGCGGAGAGCCUGGUGGCAGAGAAGGCGCUCCUGGAGGGCUGUGGGCUCCUAGGGCUCCCGCUGGGGCGCUCGCCCUCCCUGCCGCCCACCUUCGCUGGCUCGCUCACCGAGCUGGAGGACUCCUUUACCGAGCAGGUGCAGUCCCUGGCCAAGUCCAUCGACGACGCCCUCAGCACCUGGAGCCUCAAGACCAUGUGCUCGCUGCAGGAGAGUGGCACGUACCAGCUCCACCAGGCGCUACACCCAAGUGCCGGACAGCCAGGCCUGGAGACCGAGGCGGCGCGGGAGCCGGAGAGCGACCCAGGGUCUGGAGAUGAGGCGGGUGGCCUACCGCAGGGUCACAGCGGUACCCUCAUGAUGGCUUUCCGGGACGUCACGGUGCAGAUCGCUAACCAGAACAUCUCUGUUUCCUCCUCCACCGCCCUGUCUGUGGCCAACUGUCUGGGCGCACAGACCGCCCAGACCACAGCCGAGCCGGUGGCCGCCCAAACCGAACAAGGGCACACCGCGGCUCAAGAGGUCUCGGAAGUCCCAGCCUCGGAAGAGAUGGACCCACCCAGUGAGAACUCAGAGGCAGCGGAGAGCCGCGCCCAGAGCGCACAUGAACCCGCGGUGACCGAGGCCAUGGUGGAGGAAUCAGUGGCUACGGAAGCAGAAGAGGAAGAGGAAGGGGCCAAGCAGGCAGGGAAAGGGGCGGAAGCCGAGGGGGGCGACAACUCCGAGCAGCUGAGCAGCAGCAGCGCUUCUACCAAGUCUGCCAAAUCUGGCUCAGAGGUUUCUGCUACUGCCUCCAAGGAGGCCCUGCAGGCGGUGAUCCUGAGCUUGCCGCGCUACCACUGCGAGAACCCAGCCAGCUGCAGGUCCCCCACGCUCUCCACGGACACCCUGCGCAAGCGGCUGUACCGCAUCGGCCUCAACCUCUUCAACAUAAAUCCGGACAAGGGCAUCCAGUUCCUGAUCUCACGUGGCUUCAUCCCCGACACCCCAAUCGGUGUGGCCCACUUCCUCCUCCAGCGCAAAGGCCUCAGCCGCCAGAUGAUAGGAGAGUUCCUGGGUAUCAGCAAGAAGCAGUUCAACCGAGAUGUGUUGGACUGUGUGGUAGAUGAAAUGGACUUUUCCAACAUGGAGCUGGAUGAAGCCUUGAGGAAGUUUCAAGCACACAUCCGCGUGCAGGGGGAAGCCCAGAAGGUGGAGCGACUCAUAGAAGCUUUCAGCCAGCGCUACUGCAUGUGCAAUCCUGAGGUGGUGCAACAGUUCCACAACCCAGAUACCAUCUUCAUCCUGGCCUUUGCCAUCAUCCUUCUCAACACCGACAUGUACAGCCCCAACAUCAAGCCUGACCGGAAGAUGAUGCUGGAGGACUUUAUCCGAAACCUUCGAGGUGUGGAUGACGGUGCGGACAUCCCCAGAGAGCUGGUGGUAGGCAUCUAUGAAAGGAUCCAGCAGAAGGAGCUCAAAUCCAAUGAGGACCAUGUCACAUAUGUCACCAAGGUGGAGAAGUCCAUCGUGGGCAUGAAGACGGUGCUGUCCAUGCCACACCGCCGCCUGGUCUGCUGUAGCCGGCUCUUCGAGGUGACCGAUGUGAACAAGCUACAGAAACAAGCCGCACACCAGAGAGAAGUGUUCCUCUUCAACGAUCUGCUGGUGAUUCUCAAGCUGUGCCCAAAGAAGAAGAGCUCCUUCACAUACACCUUCUGCAAGGCAGUCGGCCUGUUAGGCAUGCGCUUUCAUCUCUUUGAGAACGAGUAUUACUCCCAUGGCAUCACUCUGGCAACUCCACUUUCGGGCUCUGAGAAGAAGCAGGUGCUGCACUUCUGCGCCCUGGGUUCCGACGAGAUGCAGAAGUUCGUGGAAGACCUGAAGGAGUCCAUCGCUGAGGUGACAGAGCUGGAACAGAUUCGGAUAGAGUGGGAACUGGAGAGGCAGCAGGGAACAAAGACGCUCUCCGUGAGGUCUGCUGGAGCCCAGGGGGACCCACAGUCGAAGCAAGGAUCACCUACAGCCAAGAGGGAAGCGAUGGCAGGAGAGAAAGCGGCGGAGAGCUCGGGGGAGGUGUCAAUUCACAACAGGCUUCAAACGUCCCAGCACAGCCCCAAGUUGGGGGUCGAGAAGGGAGCGCCAGCACCAUCACCACCAACAUCACCACCACCGUUGCCGCCAGACCCACAGCCUAGCCCCCUGAGGGAGCAGCCCCCACUGCUGCCACUGCCACCACCCACACCCCCAGGCACCCUGGUACAGUGCCAGCAGAUUGUCAAGGUCAUUGUCCUGGACAAACCCUGCUUGGCCCGCAUGGAGCCCCUGCUGAGCCAGGCUCUGUCCUGCUAUGCCUCAUCCUCCUCAGACUCCUGUGGCUCCACACCCUUGCGUGGUCCAGGCUCCCCAGUUAAGGUCAUCCACCAGCCUCCACUGCCCCCACCCCCACCCCCAUACAACCACCCUCAUCAGUUCUGUCCCCCAGGCUCUAUGCUGCUCCGGCGUCGCUACUCCAGUGGCUCGAGAAGCCUGGUGUAGGCUCUACCCUUAGCACCCCAAUGUUCCAGUGGGCUGUCCUUCAGGAAUCUGGGCUACUCCCUGGCACUCCUCACAUCUUGGCGUAAUGCCUUCCUGGCCACUGGUCACUGUUGUGGAAAGAGAAUGCCUUGGUAAGAUGGUUUGCUUGACCCAACCAUCCUUCACUAACUGAUUUGAGUACCUCACCACAAAUAUGUACCACCUUCUCACUCUUCUAGGGGCUCCACAUGGCCAGAUGGGCCUUCUCCUCAUGUUCACCAUGCUCCCCUAAUUAGACUGUAGACUGAAGGAAACUGAAACCAAGGGGCCUGUGGGUUAAUAGGCUUGCAAUCUUGGUUUAUUAGUGUCCAUGUCUUGGGCCAGUGGACAAGAGCAAAAAGCUGGACCUGCCAGUCGCACACCCUGGGACAGGGGCAGACUACCCCAGCAUAAGGUGUAUCUAUGGCCAAGCUGAAUCAAGGAAAGCUAUCCCUGGCUCCCUGGCAGGGCCUAAACAUAGUAGGAAAAGAGAGCUUUGUCUGCUGCAUUAGUUAUCCAAACCUAUAAUCAGGAAACUGGUUCUUAGCUCCCCAGGGACGUUGGCUACCUUAACCAUGUCUGCUCUCCUGCCUCCUCCAGACCCAGGAAAAAUCCAAGAAAGACAAGAGGGCGGGGCAUUCAGGUCUGUCUGGGUCAGGUCAACACAGCCCUGGAACUGUGAGGUCAUGUCUUCAAAGUGCACUUUUUAAGAACAUUUCUUGGUUCUCUAGCCUUAAACACUUGGCCAGUGCCGAGUGUACACAGGCAGUUACCCAUAAACAUGAGUGAGAACCAUGUUGAUGACUUCCUUGUGGAACCAAAAGCAAGGAAAUGGGGCGCCGGUCUGCCCAGCAGAGGCAUGACUUGGCCUGGAGUCAGGGAUUCCUGGUGUAUGACUCUGCAGCCUCUGUGUACACAGACAAGGUGAAGCAGUGAGCUUCCAGAGUCACUGUGUCACCCCUGUUGCCCUAGCCUUGAAACAGUCUCUCCCUGGAAAACGUACGCUGGCUUCCAACAGGAAUGGCCUAGAAUUCCUGGACCUUUGAUACUGCUGAGCAGAGCAGAGUAGAGCCGAGCAGAGAAAGCUUAUCAGCUUUCCAGGCCCACCAGCACCAGAGUCAGUACAGAUAGCCCUGGCCCUACAGCAUCCCAGACAGAUGAGGCAGCCCCAGAGACAACAGGGGUGGUGUCAUGGGCUGUCAAGUUUAUGCUGUUUUCAGGGACCACCUGUCAUAAGCCAGGCUAGCCUCCUUUGUUCUAUGUCAACAGCUAUUUCUGACCAUCCUCGAGAUGUCCUCCUACUCAGAGCCUGUUUUCAAAGUUUUGGAAGAGGCAGGACGCACAGUGAACAUGGUCAUAAUUGGAAGUGAAUUGGCUUUUCCUGGUCUCUACUAUGCACCCUAAGAUUCAGUACUCUGAACCAGAUAGGAAGCAAAAGCAACCCAGGCUUUUAGAGGGGCCAAAUGACCCCAUUUCACAUGCAUGCAUGUAUAUGCGUGCGUGCGUGCGUGUGUGUGUGUGUGUGUGUGUGUGUGUGUGUGUGUGUGUUUUCACCCAAAGGUCACGCAGGUUGUUUCUGUCCUAUUCCUGUAACUUUUGGCCGAUACACUAUCUCCCCAGAGGCUCCCUGUCUGUGUUGGCUGCUUUGGGCCCUUCUGGAGCACCCAUGUUUCAGAAAAUCAUCAGAAUCUGUCAGGCUGAAACAGCUGACAAAUAGGUGCCACGCUUAGACACCUCACCCAUAUGAGUUAAAGCACAAAGGGUUAGCUUUGAUUGUGAUUGUGAUUGGAUGAGAGAGAGAGUGCUGAAAAUAGAGAGGAAUUUAUGACUAAUAUGGAGGAUGUGGGGUAUGAAGGAGAGUGAGUUAUGAAUGUGUCUAUGCAUGUUUCUGGAGUAGAGGUCAUGGUGUCAAGGGCUGAUGAAGAGGGUCAUAACCCUGGAUAGCCCAGUUCCCAUUACCACGCCCUGCUCCCUGUUCACAUCUGGCUUCGAACUAACAGUGCCCUCUGUCCCCCUCAACCUCAGCUGAAGCCUGACUUUCCAGAUGGGCUCCAGCACCAGCAGAGGUUUGGGGGCUGGCCCACCUGUGCAGGCUCUGAGAACCCAGAGUCUCAGCACCGUGCACCUUUUCUCCAAGGAAAGGCUUACCCACGGUUGCUGCAGUAGCUCACCUACACCCUGCAAGCCAGAGCAAAGUCCUGCACAGGAAGCCACACUGCCUGGGGUCACAGCAAGGAACAGCUCUGAGCUGGCAGGACUUUGAACCCCCCCCCCCCCAGUAGUCCAGAGCAGGAAGGAACUGGCCCACCUUACUGGUCAGGCAAAAUUAGAGCCCUUAGCAUGUGUUGCAUCUGUUCUCUUAUCAGCCAACCUGAAAACGGUGGGAUUCACCUGUAUCUUAGUUCCUAGAGACCUGGGAGAAGUCUCCUUCCCUUCCCCAUGGCAGGGCCUCCAUUUUUUGUAGAGGCCCAGAAAGAGGCUCUUGAGACUCCAGUCGUCUCAAAAUUAAGAGAGCAGUGGAGUGCUAGCUGAGAUCCAAGCACCCUAAGAUGCCCCAGUCCAUCAACUCUCUAGGCCUUACUUUGGGGAGCCUGGGCCCCUCUUCCAAUUUAUCCAUUUGGCCCCAAUUCCAGAACCAAGUGGGAGGUGGAACCAGCUUUCUUACCUCUUUUUAGGCUAUCCCACCUGAUGUAGUCCUGUCUUGGCACCCUUUCCUAGAAGCUGGCCUGUCUGUCUUUUUGUCUGCAAAGAUGUCUUGCUCCCACAAAUACGUAUCGGUCCUGGGUCUUUGAUCACCCACCCCAAUGUCCAAAGUGUGCCAGGAUGUCUCUGUUACCCAGUAGAGGUUCCCAAUGUCAUUCAUCUGUCUGUCUCUGCUUCAGCUGUCCAUCUUCCAGCGAUACCUCCCCUCCCCUGCUCACCCCUCACCAGAUGGAGUGACAGCUCUCUGGGGACAGGCAGGGUGGCUGCACUCAGCAAGUAAUCCAAAUGGCAAAUAUUUUGUAACAAAAUAGCCCAGAGGUAUUUUAUCUGUUCAAUUCCUAGAGUUUUAGAGAUUCUAUUGAACUGUGUCACUUGAGCAAA